GCCGCUAGAGUCCUGUAGCUCCAACCGGUCUUAUUCUUCCUCUUCCUCUUCCUCCUCCUCCUCCUCUGCAUCGUACCCUCCUCCAGACGUAGUAGUAGAUUCCCGUUCAAGUAACGACUCCUUUACGUUUCCGACAACAGCAGACAAGAUGGGCUCUCUUCCUGGUGCUAUCCCUCCCUUCAAGGUCUUCGUCAUCGGAGGUCUCUCCUACGCCGGUGUCUCUACCACCUUGAACCUGCUUGACCUGAGCAGCGGCAAGUCGCCUCGUCUCGCUCACGUUCCCUACGAGCACCACCCAGACUUCAAGAACGUCCCCGUCGAGAUCACCCUCGUCGACGAGCGUGAUGGCUUCUUCCACCUGAUCGGCUCCCCCCUCGCCUUCGCCGACUCCGAAUACGCAGCAAAGUCCUGGGUCAAGUUCGAGGACAUGGCCUCCCUCCAGCGCCCCAACGUCCGCUUCGUCCAGGGCUCCGUCUCCAAGGUCGACCCGGCCACCAAGACGGCCACCGUCCUCGACCACGCCACCAAGCAGCCCCAAGACUUCUCCUACGACUUCCUCGUCGCCGCCUCGGGCCUCCGCCGCGUCUUCCCCGUCGUGCCCCAGUCCCUCACCCGCAAGCAGUACCUCCUCGAGGCCGAGGAGCAGAUCCAGGCCGUCCGCAACGCCCCCGACGGCGUCGUCGUCGUCGGCGGCGGCGCCGUGGGCAUCGAGAUGGCGGCCGAGCUCAAGCUCGUCGAGCCCGACUCCAAGGUCACGCUCGUCCACUCCCGCGACAAGCUCCUCUCCUCCGAGGGCCUGUCGGACGAGUGCAAGGACAAGGCCCUCGAGCUCACAAAGGAAGCCGGCGUCAACGUCCUCCUGAACCACCGCGUCAAGGAGACGCGCAAGCUCGAACCUUUGGCAAACGGCCGCGCCCGCCACGAGAUCGAGUUCACAAACGGCGACAAGCUCGUCGCGUCCGAGGUCGUCAUGGCCAUCUCCCGCAGCGUGCCCUCGACAGACUACUUCCCCGCCGCCGCAAAGGACGAGGAAGGCUACGUCAAGAUCCACGCCAACAUGGUUCUCAAGGGCGACGUCCCCAACGCCGAGGACCACAUCGCCGUGGGCGACAUCUGCCUGUGGCCCGGCAUCAAGCGGUGCGGCACGGCGAUGCACAUGGGUCACUACGCCGCCAUCAACGCCCACCAGCUCAUGCUGGCCAAGCUCACGUCGCAGGCGCACAAGCCCACGUUCUCGGAGCUCGGCCCCGUCGAGCCCAUGAUCGGGUUGGCGAUUGGCAAGAAGGCCGUCGCCAGCGGGCCCGUUGUGGGGACUACGUGGGGUGAGGAUGUCAUGCACGCGUACUUUAGAGACGACCUCGGCUUUACCAUCUGCUGGAACCACCUUGGUCUCGGAAAGGCCCCCCCGACUCUUGACUCUUGAGUUCUUUAUGAGCAAGAAAAGAAAAGAAAAAUUUAAACAAAAUGGAUUUUAAGGGUUUCUUGGGUUUCAAUGGUGUUCUUGGGAGUAAAAUUAUGACGACGAAGACGACACGACGCAAUAAAGGUCCGUCUCUUGGGUAGUUUAGACUAAAUUGGCUAGACUUUUGAAAUGCAAAUGAUGUUUCUCAUGAGGCCUCGGAUACACAGUACUCUAUCGAUUCCGUCUCUCAAUUUU